AUGAAGCCGGGACGGUGCCUGUGUGUGUGUGUGCUGCUGGUGCUUUCUAUGGCAGGGAAUGGAAACGGUGGCAACAUUUUGGUUUGGUUCACUGAGGGCAGCCACUGGAUUAACCUGAAGCCCGUGCUGGAGGCGCUGAUCGACAGGGGACACCAGGUCACCGUGCUGGUUCCAAGCUCGUCCUUAUUCAUGAACGCCAGCGAGCCUUCCCGCUUCCACUACGAGCCCUUCAACAGCUCCGUCCCGCUUGAAGUCUGGGAGGAGAUCAUAGAAGAGUUCAUACACUUCUCCAUAUACGAGAUGGAUUAUUUGAGCUACAUCCAAAUCCACAUCAAAUUCCUGGAAAUUGCCAAGAAAGAAGUUAAGUUCACUCUGCAGCACUUGGACAGCAUGGUGAGGUCUGACACCAUGGCGAGGCUGAGGGAGGGGAAGUUCGACCUCAUGCUGGCCGACCCCAUCUACCCUGGGAGUGAGCUGGUGGCGGAGGUGCUGGACCUUCCCCUGGUGUACACGCUGCGCUUCUCCAUUGCUCACACCUGGGAGAGGCUGUGCGGUCAACUCCCCGCCCCGCCCUCCUACGUCCCCGGUGCCAUGAGCAAACUGACCGACAAGAUGGACUUCAUGGACCGACUGUGGAACUUCCUUUUCUACGCCUCUCAGGACAUGUUUGCCUAUCAUGUUUGGCAAGAGACAGAUAAAUUCUUCAGCGAUUUCAUAGGGAAGCCCACCAGUGCCUGUGAGCUGAUGGGCAAGGCAGAGAUUUGGUUGAUCCGAACCUACUGGGACUUUGAUUUUCCCCGUCCUUUCCUCCCCAAUUUCAAGUUUGUUGGUGGGAUCCACUGCAAACCUGCCAAACCUUUACCAGAGGAUUUGGAGGAGUUUGUGCAGAGCUCUGGAGAUGCCGGCAUCGUGGUCUUCACCCUGGGGACCAUGGUCACGAACAUGACCGCCGAGAGACGGGACAUGAUUGCGUCUGCCCUCGCUCAGAUCCCACAGAAGGUGCUGUGGAGAUAUAGUGGAGAAAAACCAAAGACUCUGGGUGCCAACACCAAACUUUACGACUGGAUCCCUCAGAAUGACCUGCUGGGUCACCCCAAGACCCGAGCCUUCAUCACCCACGGUGGCACAAACGGGAUCUACGAAGCCAUCUACCACGGUGUUCCCAUGGUGGGCAUCCCCAUGUUCGCCGACCAGCCGGACAACAUGGUCCAUAUGAAGGCUAAGGGGGCUGCACUUAUCAUGGAGUUCAACUUCAUGGAGACCGAGGAUCUUGUAAAAGCACUCAAGGCUGUCAUCAAUGAGCCCUCGUACAAGGAGAACGCCAUGCGGCUGUCCAGGAUCCACCACGACAGACCCAUCAAGCCUCUUGAUGAAGCCGUGUUCUGGGUUGAGUUCACCAUGAGGAACAAAGGAGCCAAGCACCUCAGGGUCCAGACCCACGAGCUCACCUGGUACCAGUACCACAGCCUGGAUGUCUUCGCGUUCCUCCUCGCAGUCACUCUGUUCAUCACCGUACUCUUCAUCAAGACCUGCAGCUUCUGCAUCCGGAGGUGCUGCUGCAGGAAGGGAAAGACAAAGACCAAGGCAGAGUGAUC